ACAGCUGUUCCUCUAACGAGCCGAGAUUGUCCUUACAAUAGAAGUUGAGUUCCACGUCGGAAACCGACGUGGACUUGAAAGCGACAGGCCAACGCACCCUGACGAUGAGUUGGGAUGUUUGUUCAGCCGAUCUCCCGAACUUUUGCAUCGUUCAUGCGUUUUAGGACGUUUCGACAAUGGCGGGAGGUCUGGUUGGGGCGUGGAGGGUCGAUGGGUGAGCAAGAGUGAGUGGAAGACACGCACAGGUUUAUGGAUUUCAGAUUUUCUUCUGAUGGAAACUGCGAGAUUCUGCUCCUGGACGAGAGUCUGGAUGAUCGCCUUGUCUGGCUGAGAGGGACGAGCUCUUGAUGGUUGUAGAGCAGCCCCUGUGUGAUCUAGCCUAACCCAAUUGUUUCGUUCGACAUUCUGGAUACGAGCAUGGCAUCUUCGUCUGAAGACGUUCGUGUAGACGCCAAAAGUGAUCUAGCAACUUCCACGAUGAACACGGACGCAAUGUCUCAUUCUCCGGAGACCAUCAGUUUGGACGGAGAGCAAGAACGCAGAGUGGAAGCUGAUGGAGGUCAGGAGAGUGAAGAAUCGUCUUCAAUCGCGGAAGACCCGACGGAAGUAAUUGCCAGAGGAAUUGCAUCGGUUUUAGGUCCUGUCAUCAAAACUUUUGAAACGAGAGUAGAGGAAGUUGUGAAGAGUCAACAUACACUGGAAAACAGCAUUGAUCGUCUGACAAGAGAGUUGGACAAGCUGUUAGAAGACACGCCACUACCUCUAGGCGCACAACAUGCAGCCAAGCUGUCAGGGAUUCGCAAGCGUGUUGGAUCGUUAUCUGACACCCUUCGGAUUGUGCAAGGACGCGUAAAUAGCAUGGAGACAAUGCUUUCUGAUCCGAGCGAAGACAAUGUGUUGCCCAUGUUGCCACUUGAUAUCAAGGCAGAAUUGAUGUUGCUGAGAUCUCCUGGAAGUUCUUUGGAAGAACAUGAGAGAAACGAAGUUUUGUGAAGUGACAUGCAGGAAGACAAUGUGUUGUCCAUGUUACCAUUUUUAUCAAGCCAGCAACGAUGCUGCUCAGAUCUCCUGGAAGUCUUUUUGAAGAACAGGAAAGAAAGAACUCUUCUUAUGCAAAGUCAACACUUCCAGUUAUCAUGGCAAG